CUGGCGAUGCGAGUUUACUGAGUUGUGAGGCGUCUCCAGGUGUUACACGGACCCCACCGCUGCCCACUACUCAUUAAUCCGAGCUUUUCUCUCUCUCUCUUUUCUUCACUGAAUUUCCCGAAGCGGUCAAUGUGAGACAGCACCGGAUGGAAGGAUGUGGCCGUUCCGGGGUGUACUGGAGUAAUAAUAGAGUGAACUGACGGAGGACCGCUGCUCGUUCACUUUGGCUUUUCUCGUUCUUUUCCCCAGCUUUGGAAUUGUUACUGGUGGGAACGUGCAGUGUUUAUUCCGAAGGCUUUGAUCACCUGCUAUGUGCGUGGUGGGGAAAAUACCUGGUGGAAGGCGUACAUCGGGAUCCGACCUGAGAGGACAGGACAUCUGAUAAAGCUCUGUUUUCUCAUUUGUUUGGGUUUUUAUUUUUGUUUGUUUGUUUUUUUGUUUUGUUUUUUGCUUACUUGUACGUGAUGUGCGUGGAAUGAAGACGGAGAAUGGAUAUUAUUUGGGAGAUACUGAUCAUUCUUCAGGCUAAUUUUAUUGUUUGUAUAUCAGCACAGCCAAAUCCACCAAAAAUUCAUGAAGGAUGGUGGGCAUACAAGGAGGUGGUGCAGGGGAGCUUUGUUCCAGUGCCAUCAUUCUGGGGGCUGGUAAAUUCAGCAUGGAACCUGUGCUCAGUGGGGAAGAGGCAGUCGCCAGUGAACAUCGAGACCAGUCACAUGAUCUUUGACCCUUUCCUCACACCCAUAAAGCUGAACACUGGCGGACGCAAGGUGGGAGGGACAAUGUACAACACGGGCCGUCACGUCUCUCUCCGACUGGACAAGGAGCAUCUGGUUAACAUCUCUGGAGGGCCAAUCACGUACAGCCACCGUCUGGAGGAGAUCCGGCUACACUUCGGCAGUGAGGACGGCCAGGGCUCUGAACACCUACUCAACGGACAGGCCUUCUCUGGAGAGGUUCAGCUGAUCCACUACAACCAUGAGCUGUACACAAAUUAUACAGAAGCUGCAAAGAGCCCCAAUGGACUGGUCAUAGUGUCCAUAUUCAUGAAGAUUGCUGAGACAUCAAACUCCUUCCUGAACCGAAUGCUGAACAGAGACACCAUCACAAGAAUAACAUAUAAAAAUGAUGCAUAUCUGCUGACCGGCCUGAACAUAGAGGAGAUUUAUCCAGAGACGAGUAGUUUUAUUACAUAUGAUGGGUCGAUGACCAUCCCUCCAUGCUUUGAGACGGCCACAUGGAUCUUGAUGAACAAGCCAGUGUACCUCACACGCAUGCAGAUGCACUCCUUGCGGUUGCUGAGCCAGAACCAGCCGUCUCAGAUCUUUCUAAGCAUGAGUGACAACGUUCGCCCGGUCCAGCCACUAAACAACCGCUGCAUCCGCACCAACAUUAACUUCAGCAUGCAGGGCAAGGACUGCCCAAACAACAGGGCUCAGAAGCUCCAGUACCGAGUGAACGAAUGGUUGCUGAAGUAGCCUUAUUGGAUGAGCGAGGAGACGAAUUCAGGAUGAGGGGAGAGAGAGAGAGAAAGGAGGGGGAGGGGAGGAUGAAGGAGGAGGCAAAGAUGUGAAAACUGGUCUUGAAGCUGUAUCUCAUCUAAGAUAUUUUCAUGGCAUUGUAUAAAGACAGAUAGCACCGGACAUUAUUUGAAUGAAGGAACUUUGCAUUGCAAGCAGAGACUCUUCUUUUCAUACAAUGAGAACCGUUUGAACCUUCGAUCAAACACAUGCUAACGAGUCCUUCCCCCACAGCUAUAUCUAUACGAACAUUUUGAUACCAAUACUUUUUUGGGAGAAAACAAAAAAUAGAAACGACCUAAACAAAAUAUGAAGCAUUUAUUUGGUAGCCUGUCAACCACUAUGACGACCUUAGGGACUUCACAGCCUUUGUACAUAAAAGAUGUUGCUAUCAGUAAGAAAAUCCAAGGACUAAGUCACUGCCCCCCACCCCAUCCCCACCCCCCACCCUAUUCAACAAAAUGGAGCAGUCAGCAAGACUUAUAUGGAUAUUUCAGUUCAGUCACCAACAGGGCAUGCAAUCAGCCACACCAACAGCGAGGGAACUCAGCCUUACCCCGUCAUCCUCCAAAACUAGAGUGGGACGACUCCCACGGCUUUCAUACGGCCUCAGAGCAACCAGUAUCUUAGCCUCGUAUGUACAUAUUAUAAUUAUCAAUACAACAGAAAAAUGAAUAUGUAAAGAAAAAAUAAUGAAAUAACAUUGAAAAAAUAUAUUAAGAGGAUUAAAAAAAGACAAAAAGUUAAGAAUUUUAAAAAGCUUGGCGCACUUUGAAUU